AGGGACCAAAAAAAAUAACAUUUUAUUUACCAAAUAGAGCAAAAAAUAAGAUUUCCUGUUAAAUUUUCCCAGUAUUUUCGUUUAAUGGGUGGACUUUAUUGGUAGCGACUGAGUUAGGAAGAGACAGAUCUUUCUGCAGGUAAAACGUCACACGUCAAUCAACCUCCUCCACCGUAUCUCCGCCGUAUAAUCAGAAAAACUAUUUUCCUUUUUUCUUUAUUUUCCAGUCACAAUUUUCGAUCCCCAAAACACAUAUCACGCAAUUGGGGAAGAUUUGAACAUUUAUCUUUCUGGGUUCAUCAGAUUGUGAUGAAAAAGUAUCAAAUCAGUUGAUCCACUUAUUUAUAUACAUAUAUGCAUUCAUUGGAUCAAAGACUUGAAGAAUAGAAGCAGAAGAAAAUGGAGAAAAAGCACAAGUUUCUAACCGUUGCACCGUUUGAAUGUGCGUGGCGUGAUGAUCUACGGUUCAAGGAAGCAGGACGAGGUUGCGUUGCAUUUGAAGCGUUUGCACACAACGAUGUCACGGUGGUUUUUCGUGAACAGUUAGGUAGUCAACACUACCAUUACAAAAGAGACAAUAGUCCGCAUUAUACAGUAAUCAUCGGUAGUCACAGAAACCGUCGGUUGAAGAUCGAGGUCGAUGGAAUCACAGCCGUUGAUGAAGCUGGUGUGGGUUUAUGUUGUUCAUCUGCAUUCCAAAGUUACUGGAUAAGUAUCUGCGACGGGUUGAUUAGCAUCGGAAAAGGUCGGUACCCUUUUCAAAAUCUUGUUUAUCAAUGGCUUGAUGAAAAGCCGAAUUGUAGCGUGCAGUAUGUCGGGCUAAGUAGCUGGGAUAAACAUGUCGGGUAUAGAAACGUUAACGUGCUUCCGUUAACACAAAAUCAUAUAUCACUUUGGAAGCAUGUUGAUUGUGUCCCUAAGGGGGAGGAUGAUAUGGAAGAAGAUUUGAGGGACGAGUUUGGAAACUUUGAUAAUCAUCAGGGGCUUGGAAGUUUUCUUGAAAAUUGGGAGUUAUCGGAUAUGUAUUUUGUUGUGGGCGAUGAAGAACGAGCUGUACCUGCUCAUAAAGUGAUCCUUGCAGCUGUUGAUGAUAUCAAUUUGUGUUUGUUUGAUCAGAAUGUUAUCCUGGUUAAGGAUGUAACUUAUCCGGUUUUGCAUGCUUUCCUUCGGUUUAUCUAUACGGGCUUUACACAGAUUCCAGAGUCACUACUAGGAUCCCUGAGGGAUCUAAGCUUACGAUUUGGAGCAACUUCAUUGGUAAAACAAUGUGAAAAUAUCAUCGACCGAUUCAAACUCAACAAAAAGUUGUUUGAUUCUGGCAAGAAUGUUGAGAUAUCGUACCCCAAUUCUCAGCCCCAUUGUGGUGGGCCCGCCUUUCCGUUACGACUUCCUCUGAGUGUGCAAAAGCUUGAACAGUUUCACCAAACGGAUGCGUUUGGUGAUAUUGAUAUAAGCAUUGAAGGUCAUGGUCUCGUUGAUAGGUCUCACAAAGUUAUUCUUGGUUUAUGGAGUUUACCGUUUAUGAAGAUGUUUACGAACGGAAUGAGUGAGAGUGUUUCUUCGGAAGUUUGCUUAAAAGAUGUAUCACCUAAAGCAUUCAAGUUUAUGAUCGAUUACUUCUAUAGCGGUGGACUAAAUUUGGAAGAUACCGUUGAGAGUAAUAUCUUGUUACUCGAGCUUCUCUUGUUAGCGGAUCAAUUUGGGGUUUCCCUCCUUCAUCAAGAUUGCUGCAAAACGCUUUUGGAACGGCUUUCAGAGGGUUCGGUAUGCUUAAUUCUUCAAGUGAUUCCCUCCAUCCCUUCGUGUAAGAUCAUAGAAGAAACAUGUGAACGCAUAUUUACAAAGCACUUUGAUUACUGUACAACGGCUAGUUCCGACUUCGUCUUGCUAGAUGAACCGACUUUCUCUAACAUUUUACAGCAUCAAGAUUUGACGGUAACUUCUGAAGAAAGAGUUGUAAAUGCCAUAUUAAUUUGGAGUUUGCAACCAAAUGAACUAUCCAAUUGGGAAACGGUAGAUGAUAUGCUUUCAAAUAGGACACCCGAAGAUCUUUUCGGUACAAGGGUUCAGUCACUAAAUGUCUUGCUACCACUCGUGAGGUUUCCAUUGUUACCGUUGCUCUUGCUAAAGAAGAUGGAGCAUAGCAAUCUAAGCUUGAAAAUUCCUACUUUUUAUCAUUUGGUGAAAGAGGCAAUCACGUUCUUGGAAGCGGGUUUCCCAACUUCAGGAAGUCAUCCAAAGUUUCAACAUAGGCAAUCAAGUUUUAAGGAGCUUCAAUACAUACGCGAUGGCGAUAGCAAUGGAGUUCUGUAUUAUGCAGGCACAUCAUAUGGUAAACACCAAUGGGUUAAUCCUGUUUUAGCCAAGAAAAUUAGCAUCAUGGCUAGCAAUCCUAUUUCAAGAUACACAGAUCCUAAAGUCUUGGCCUCAAGGACUUACCAGGGUACGUCUUUUGCUGGGCCCCGUAUUGAGGAUGGGAAGAACUGUUCAUGGUGGAUGGUUGACCUUGGUCUUGACCACCAGCUCAUGUGCAACUAUUACACACUGAGACAAGAUGGAUCAAAGGCUUUCAUGAGAUACUGGAAUUUUCAGGGUUCAUCCGACGGUAAAAGUUGGACCAACUUGAGGGUACACGAGAACGACCAAACAAUAAGCAAACCAGGACAAUUCGCUUCAUGGCCCGUUACGGGUCCAAAUGCUCUGCUCCCGUUUAGAUACUUCAGAGUGGCUCUAGUCGCCCCGACAACAGACAACAUCAACCCGUGGACGCUGUGCAUUUGCUUUUUGGAACUCUAUGGUUAUCUACACUGAAAUCCCUAUAAAUUAGGUUGCUUUUUUCAGUAUUUUGAGCUUAGGCGACAGUAUGUAACCCUUGUGAUUUGUCGGUUUCUGUUGUAUGUUUGUGAAUCUAUGAAGAAUAAUGCUCAAAGCUGUUGGGUACUUUUGAGCUUGGUUUAAAAAAGCGCGCUUAAGCGCAAAGCGCAUCUAGGCGCAAACCCCAUCGCCUUGUGUGACAUAAGGCGCGCGAUGUACAAGAAGCGCAGCUGAGGCGCGCUUUUUAGGGUGAAAAUCGACCUAAGGCGCAACUGAGGCGCAUGUUUUUUGUACAUGGGGUGUUUUUAUGCUUCUGAGUGUUGUACAACAGGCUACAUUUAUGUUUUUUUCAUUUUAAAACAUAUAUAAAGCUUAAUUAUAGCUUUUAGUUU